CCUUGCUUUGCCAUGACCACCGCUUCAAUGGCUUCGCACGGAUGUACGACUCAUCAGGGCUCGGCUCGUCGCUCUCAGACGGGGGGCUACUUGCCCAUCGAGGACUAUGGCCUGAUCGGUAAUAUGCACACAUGCGCCCUUGUCGGCAUCGACGGCAGUGUCGAUUUCAUGUGCUGGCCCGACUUUGACUCUCCAUCCAUCUUCUGUCGGCUUCUGGACAAGAACAUCGGCGGCCACUUUAGCAUUGCACCUCCCGACGGCGUCAACUGCACCACCAAACAGCAGUACUUGCCCACUUCCUGCAUCCUUCAAACCAGGUAUAUCCACGAAGAUGGUGUUGUUGACCUGCUCGACUUCUUCCCGCGUCCCAAGGAGGCCCAGGUGGCCACCAAGGACUACAAGCAAAGUGGUUGGCGGGAGGCCAUCCGCGUGCCCGAGGAGCUGAAGAAAUGGCUCGUCCGACGUGUCGAGUGCAUCAGAGGCACCAUGACUCUGGACAUUGAGAUAUUUCCUGCCUUUGGCUACGGCCUGGUGCCCCACGUAACUACCUUGAGCAGGGACACUCACACCAUAUGUGACAACGUGAGCAAAGUAGCAACUUUCCACUCGAACGGCGUGAAACUCCAGCUCGAUGUUGCUCUCCAGAAUGGCGACGACAAGAGGAGCUGCCCACAAGUCUCAUUCAAGAAGGCCAGCAGGCCGGGGAUGCAGGGAGAUGGACUGCAAGCGACCAUUGUCAUCAACGAGGGUGAAAGCAUCUCUUUUGUUCUGAGAAACGACUCGUCCCAGCACGUAACCGAGUACAUCACCUCUUCGGUUUUGGACAGCCAGCAGCACGACACACAGCUGUACUGGUUCAACUUCAUCUCGCAAUGUCGGUACAAGGGGCGGUGGCGAGAGGUUGUGACGCGCAGUCUCAUGAUUUUGAAGCUUUUGACAUACGAGCCAACUGGCGCAAUUGUCGCCGCUCCCACUUUCUCGAUCCCCGAAAACAUCGGAGGCGCCAGAAACUGGGAUUAUCGAUACUCGUGGGUCCGGGACUCCAGCUUCAGCAUCUACAUAUUGCUCCGCUUGGGCUUCAGAGCCGAGGCCCACGCGUACAUGGACUUUAUCAUGAAGCGAUUCGUCGGAUCUCGAGGGCCAGACGGCGCCUUGCCCAUCAUGUUCACAAUUCACGGGGAGACUGACAUUCCCGAGGUGACACUCGACCAUUUCGAGGGCUAUCGCGGCAGUUCACCUGUCCGCAUCGGCAACGGCGCUGCGUUCCACCAGCAGUUUGACAUAUACGGCGAGCUCAUGGAUGCCAUCUACCUCUAUAACAAGUACGGCAAGCCAGUGCCGUGGGACGUCUGGCGAGCCGUCCGCGAGAUUCUUGACUACGUACUGACUAUUGUCAACGACCCCGACAUGUCCAUCUGGGAGGUGCGAAACGCCAAGCAAAAUUUCACAUACUCGAAAAUCAUGCUAUGGGUUGCGUUUGAUCGUGGACUCCGACUCGCUGACAAGAGAUGCUUUCCCUGCCCGAAUCGCGUCAAGUGGCUGGCGGCAAGAGACGCGCUCUACGAGGAAAUCAUGGAGAAGGGAUACAACCUGGAAAUGAACAGCUUCGUCCAGAGCUACGAAAACAACAACGUUCUCGAUUCGUCCAUUCUGAUUGCGCCGCUAGUGUUUUUCAUUUCACCUUGCGACCCACGCUUCACGAGCACUCUGGACCGCAUUCUGCUGCCGCCCGAAAAGGGCGGCCUAACCAGCACAGGUCUUGUGUAUCGAUACGACACCGAACUCUCGGACGAUGGUGUUGGAGGACGAGACGGUGCAUUCAGCAUGUGUACUUUUUGGCUGGUCGAAGCCAUGACGCGUGCAGGCGUCUACGAGCACAAAUAUCUUGUGCGGGCAGUCAACAUAUUCGAGAACAUGUUGACCUUUUCCAAUCAUCUAUCAAUGUUUUCGGAGGAAAUUUCCCGCAGCGGCGACCAGCUUGGCAACACGCCACAGGCUUUUAGCCAUCUUGCCCUCAUCAGUGCGGCAUUCAACCUGGACCGUGCUGCCGAGGGAUGGAGGGGCCCUUCGUGAGGAUGAAAAUGGAAUGGAAAUGGUCGGAACACAUGGAAUGCCCUGAUCUACGCUUGGGUGUGAGUCAAAUAGUGUCUGUUUAUAGUUGCUGCACAGUAGUGAACAGGACCGCCGCUCUCGGGGCUUAUGGGUAGCAGUGAGCAGGUCGAUUGAAACGGUGUCGCAAGGGUCAAAAGCUGG